GUGGUGGUGUCAAUUCUAAUCUAAAAUUCCGUUCACCAAAUGAAUUUAUUGAUCAUUUGUUGUGGCUCGCGUCCGAUAAAGCUUCACCAUGUGCUUGUAAGUACUGCAGUGGUAAACCUUCUUCAGGUGUACAAGCGUCUGUCACUUCUAGUAAAGCAAUGACAAAAUCACAAGAACAUGGAGGGUUUCGACGUGGAGAGUUGGUUUGGGCAACUAAAGAUCAGAUCUUGUCAACUGAUGAAGCAGAGACAUUAGGUUAUAUCAAGUUUUGGCCAGCUGUAGUUAUUGAGCGUACAGUGGUACCACCUCAUGUCUUAUAUACUUUAAAGCGUGUCUUACUGGAUGGAACAUUGAAGGUUCGCCAAAACAAGAUUAUGCCGUGGCUUGCACUUGAUCCGGCUGAUCUUACGAAACAAUUUGAUAACCAGGACAUAACUGAUGAUACUUCACUCGCUUCAAAAUUUCUCGGAGCAGUCAAUUACGCGAAUGAAAUAUCCUCAAUGUAUACACCAGUUAUUAAAAGUGAAUAUGCAUUGAGUUGCAUAAUAUUUGGUGCCGAAGUUUUAAAAGUGAAUGACUAUGUUAGAUUGACAUAUGAAAAACUUAGCGAUUCUGAAAUGCUGCAAUUACCAGUGUUUAAAAUCACAUCAAUGUACAUAAAUGAUCAUAACAAACUCGAAAUGAGGGGUGAUAUGUUCUUGAAAAUGCCCACGAAUGGUGCACCUGGAACAAAGUUGAUUAGGACGAACACAGAACAAACUGAGUAUCCACUUGACUUGACGCAAAUAGCUGGUCGAUUCUACAUGACUUAUCCGAACAUCACACGUUCUGCAACACCAUUUAAACUUGCAACAUUAACGGAUAGGCUUAAAAUUAUUCAAGAUGAAUCUAAAUUAGCCACAACAA